AUGCCAUUGAACUUCUUCACCCCCUCCUACGGCACCUCCUUCGCCGGCCUGCGCCCCUCCGUUGUCAACGCUGGGGUCGUCGCUGCAGGUGCCGGCGCUGUCGCCCUCCAACCCUUCCUCCCUCCUGGUCCAGGCACGGGCCGCGCCAACCCCUUCCUCAUGGGUAGGGGCCGCUUCAAGCGCCUCCUCGCGUUCUCUGGACUGUUUGCCCUCAUCGGGCUCGCUUUUGCGCUUCGGUACCGCCCUUCGAUCACGAACGUGAACACGGCUGGUGAUUCUGCUACCGAGGCUUCUGUUGUUCAAGAGGACGUGGUUGUUGUGCCGUUCGAUGAGCCCUCUGUCGCGGACCCUGUCGCGGAAGAUGUCCUGGACGUCGUCGAUGCCGAGAUCUUUGAGCCUCCGCUCCCAGUCGUGGUGCUGCCGCCUCCACCACCGCCCGCGGACAGUACUACCUUCACGGGAAUCCCCACCCCAACUGUCAACGAGGAAGCUGCUCCAGGAGAAGGAGAAACCAGUUAUGCCAUCUGCGGCGCGGCAGCAUGCGCCACACUCAUCGCCGGGGCUGCCGUUCUCUUAAAGUCAAGGAACAACACCAAGUCUUCUGAAUCGGCUCGUUCUCCUCGUCAAAGGAGGCGGGCGGACUCUUGUCACAAAUGCGGUACCCCGUUCAAAGCUGGUCAAGGCAACGCUUUGUUGGGCCACGAAAGUGAUGGAAGAAACGUAGUAGACGACGGACGAGGUACGCAUAUCACGAUCCUCACCCCUUCUUCGGAGGCUGACACUGUCGAAGUUAUGGCACAGGAAAGUCCUCCUCGAGACGCUAGGCCUCUUGGUAGACCCGGCACUCCCCAUCCUAAACGCCAGUAUUCGGAGGACGCUGCCGAUGAUGAUGAAGACGACGAUGAGGAUGACACUAUCACAACAUUGACUCCUCCUCCCGUUCCACGCACAGUUGUCGCGUCCGAGAACAUUGUCAGCCAUCCUAGCUCGUCGGGUAGGCGCUGGGGUGCCGCCCUCACCGCCCUCUUCUCGGGUCUCGUCGUCUUCGGUCGUUCGGCCGCCAAACACCAACGCGACCAACGCACUCGAUCCUCUACCUCUAGCCCUACAUCAAGAAAUUCCAAACCUAAAAAGCCCGAACCGGAACAGCCCAAGGAACCCAAGCCCGAGGUCUUCCCGGAGGGCAUCCCGUUUACUCUCCACGAAAAAGUCACACCCGACAUCAAAUGCAACUUCAACAUCCUCGACAUCCUGCGCGAGUCCGCCGCGCUCACAGGCACCUACGGCGUCGACCUCCCUGCGCCUCCGCCGUCUUUCGUCUCUCCAGCCCCUCUCCCUUCCCAGCCUCUUUGCCCUCCAGCCCCUCCUCCUCCUACCUUCGCAACAACCCCCAUGAUCUCUUCCCCACCCCCAGCCGCCGUCUCCGUCUCUGCACCGCUCACGUUCCUAGCUCCUGGCUUUGGUGGAGGACUCGAUUGGGUGGCAUGCUAUCUGCAUCUCCUAUGUGGUCUGGUCUGCUUUAUGGUGCUCUCGUUCUUCCCCCUGCCGGAAAGGAUGACGGGUGAGACGGUUGCGUUACAGGUGGAGGAGGCUGAUGCGAGGCAGCUGGCAGCUGAGAAAGAGGAAAAGGAAAAGGAGGAGCAGGAGAGAGAGCAGGAGGAGAGAGAGGAAGAGGAGGCGGAGGAGGAGGAAGAGGAAGAGGAAGAGGAAGAGGAGAACGCCAAGGGAAAUCCCGAGCCAACGAUCGUCGGCGAUACCUCGGACUCUUUCGUUGCGCCACAAUCCCCUUCUCCGGCUUCCUCUUCUAGCGCCAAGGCCAUCAUACAACCCCUGCAGUUCCGACCCCACCAACCCCUACCCGCACCCGCCUCCGCCUCCACCUCCGAAUCGCUCAUAGACACCAAACCCACAACCCCAUGCAUCCCCUCCAACCCAUCCCACGAGCCCACCGCCGACGCCAAGCACAAACUCAAGCUCAAGACGCCGACGAACCUGAGCAUCGAAGAGCCCUUGUUCGAGACGCCCGCUGAGACGUUCUGCACGUCGGACCCGGAGCGCGCGUCAUCCUCUUCCGACGAUAGCGAGGGGACUCCCAGGACUGUUGUGCCUGGUGGUGCGGAGGGUGGUGCGAAGGGCGAUUUGGCGGUGAAGGCGAAGGAAGUGAAGUCGAAGGUGGGGGACGAAGUUAACGAAGUGAAAGAGGAGGUGGUGGUCGUCCACGAGGUGCAUGCAAAGACGGAGAAGCAGGGGAAGGGGAAGGAGAAAGAAAAGCCGAAGCAUCUGGUCGAGUCACCAAUGGAGCUGAUCGUGGACGCGUCGUACAACAUGUCCGACUACCUCCCUCCACUCUCCACCGAGAGUCUUGUCGAAGUGCUGGAAGUCGUAUCGGAGGAACAGGCAAACGUACCUGUCCUCCCACCUGCCGUCGAGAAAGUCGACGAAUGCAAGCCCGAAAUAGAGGAACCAUUCGAAUUCCUACCCGUUCCUCGCAGGGAAAGAAAGAGCCCUACUCUAGAGAUUAUCUACGAGUGGGCGUGCGACUUGGAGCUGGGAGUCUACAUCGACGUCCCCUCCGAAGAAUUCAAAUCGUUUGAGACUAUAUCGCUCACAAACGACAACCUCAACCCCCGCUACAUCUUCGACCUGGGCAUCCCGCCCGAGAUCAAGGCGAAGUUUCCUACCACUCUCACUGGGGACGAGAAGCCGAAGGAGUGGUAUACAACUAUUAGUGGGACGCCGAGGUUGCUCGAGAGCUCGACGCCUAAGCGCCCACGGACCGCGUUGUCUACGAAGAUCGCCCGCCCAACCACGACUGCAGGCGAGACGAAGACGAGCUCUGUAGCUCCUACGGCUCCGAGUGCCAGUGCUGGUAUUAGUGCCCCCACCCGCAUCCCAAAGACAGCCGCUGAGCGCAAAGCCUCCGUAGACCGCAUGCUAGAAGAGCGUGCUCGUGCUCGUGCUGCCCAGGCUGCUACCCAACCGGUGCAAAACGAUGCCAACACCAGAGCCGACAGCGCUACGACGACCGGCGCUCGCGCUCGUACUCGGCUUGUGCCCUCCUCCGCCUCAAUCCCUCCUGCGCGAAGGACGCUGACACCCGCCGAGCGCAAGGAGUGGGACGCGACACUGCUCAGGGCGUCGAGGAAGGGCAAAAGGAAUGAAAAGGCGGAAGAGGGGGAGACGACACCCAAGGCGUGCACAUCGGCCGCCAUUCCCGCUGACAAGGCCAGAGACGAUGACGGGACUCCCAUACAGCGCGCUCAAAUGAGUGUGAGCGCGAACCCUGUUGUGCGUACCAGCGCUGAGAGACGGGCAGCUGUCGACAAGCGUCUGGCGGAGCGGCGUGCGCUCAAAGCUGCUGAAGCUGCGACCUCCACUGGGCCGUCGUUGUCCGCACCGACCACAUCUGCUGCGUCUGCCAUGUCGUCUUCGUCUGCGCCACGCCGGUCCGCUCAACCCUCCUCGCCUACCACAGCUUCGUCUGCUUGGCCCAGCGACCGCGAACGCCGAGGAUUGACCACAUCCUUCUGGGCUCCAACCUCCGCGCCAUCUUCAUCUGCCCCACUCAGCUCGGCGCCAUCCUCCUGUAUCCCCGCUACGGUUGCCGAGCGUGCCGCUGCCAGGCGGCUUCACAGGGAGACGCUGCUGUAUCUUCCACCCGAGCUUCGAGUGCCCUCCAACGCAGAACGCACGAGGCAGGCCGAGGAGGCUCGCGCUAGAGAGUCGCAGCAGCAACCUCCCGUCCAAGAGGUGCAACGAGAUAUCGAGCAAAUGGAACGCGACGCGGAACGACAGCGUAUGCUUCGUUCCCAGCUUCCCAAGAUGAGCGAUGUGAAAGAGGCUCUGGAUGGUGCCGCAUCUGUCUAUGCACGCCGGGAGAGGGAGCGUCAGCGGCUUGCCAAGCUUGCUGAGGAUGGCGCGAAAGAGGCACGGGAGAGAGAGCACAGACUUCGCUCUCAGCGCGCAGAGGGCGCGAGCGCUAAAGAGCAGCGCCGAGGCACCGAAGAGCUCAAGGUGGACCAAGCGAGAGCGGCACGGGAACGGGAGCAUCGGCCCCACAGUUCGCAGCGUGCCUCGGGUUCGACCACGACAGCCACGGCGACGACAACAACUACAACUACAAGGACGUAUACACCGGCCACAACAACAAGAGCGUCGCCCAACUGUCCAUCGACAUCAGCCAAACGGGUUGACUCGACCCCAAUGCCCAAGGUGGAAGACGACCUAUUCUCUGAGAGUGGGACCCCGGCGGGCGUACCUAUGCGGCCGUUCACGAUCAAGCCGCCUCCUCGUGCUAGGUGGCUGCCUCGCGGGCUCGUUUGA